GGCACCGCUGGGCUAAGCGCAGCCGUGCAUUUCCGCAGGAGAAGCGCGCAGUGCGCAGAAGCCGUGGAGUGAAAAACAGAGUAAAAACCAAGCAGCCAGCUUCUCUACAUCUCCCGCACCUGAUUCCCAUGCCUAGCGCUGAUUGCCACACGAGAGGAGAAAGACAGCAAACGCGCGUCGUCUGUGAGCAACGGUGAGGAACGGAUCUGGGGAAUUUAGUCAUAUUGGACGGGAAAUCCAAGGUCGACUGAAAUCCUUAAUGAACUUAAUGCCCGUCUUCUAUGCGCACCAGGAGAAGAAAAAGCGGAGGGUUGGGAACCGACGCGUGUCCAACACCAACGCAUAAACCCCAUCACAGAAGUAUGGAACCUUCUCGUCAAAACUAUGCUCUGCCGUUAACGUUGUAAUCGUUUCUUGUGUUUCUGAUGAAAAAGAAGUUAAUUGCCUUAUGAACCCGCGCAACUUAAGACUCAAGGUGUGGAUUUCCCAUUGAAACCAUAACCAACCUGCAUCUAUCGUCUAAGAAGAGCGGAUGACUAAUCAGCGGCUCGCCAAAGAAUUUACCGUACGGUUCAAACCUUAAACUGCAGCUGGUGCAGCGUAACUGCGAGUCCAGUGUCUACUGUUAUUUUCUUUUACGUAAUUACCCACUGGACAGAUGAUAGAUUUUUAUUCUAACCCAUGUCACAAUAUUUGUAUUUGCAUUUUUAUUUUUUUCCUUUCCUCGGUUUGGAAUUUGUAUUUGGAUUCUGAGGAAAGGCUGUGCGUUUCACCGUGACCGUUUCUUCUCAAGCGGUUGGCAGUUAAACUACUUCUCCUUGCCUUGUUUUGGAUACAGUUAAAGCGCAUACAAUACAAGUAGUCUACUGCGUCAAGUAAAACCAAGGUACUGAGGGGGGGCAGACUGCAGUUUCGAAUCCUAGAGAUCAUUUCUCUGACUAUUUUCUUCGUAUUAUGUCUGCACUUCGAAAGAAAUUUGGGGACGAUUACCAGGUAGUGACCACUUCGUCCAGUGGCUCUGGAUUCAACCAGCCGGCGCCAGAGAAGAAGAAAAAGAGGCAGCGCUUCGUGGACAAGAACGGGCGAUGUAACGUCCAGCACGGAAACCUGGGCGGUGAAACCAGUAGAUACCUUUCAGAUUUAUUCACCACGCUAGUAGAUCUGAAAUGGCGCUGGAAUUUAUUCAUUUUCAUCCUAACUUACACGGUGGCAUGGCUUUUUAUGGCGUCGAUGUGGUGGGUCAUUGCAUACAUUAGAGGAGAUCUCAACCGAGCCCACGAUGACAAGUACACGCCGUGCGUUGCCAAUGUGUACAACUUUCCAUCGGCGUUUUUAUUUUUUAUUGAGACAGAGGCUACCAUAGGCUACGGCUAUAGGUACAUAACGGACAAAUGUCCGGAAGGGAUAAUUCUGUUCCUCUUUCAGUCUAUCCUGGGAUCAAUCGUAGAUGCCUUUUUGAUUGGCUGCAUGUUCAUAAAAAUGUCUCAGCCAAAGAAAAGGGCAGAGACUUUGAUGUUUAGUGAACAUGCGGUUAUUUCAAUGCGAGAUGGGAAACUGACUCUUAUGUUUAGAGUUGGCAACCUACGCAAUAGCCAUAUGGUCUCGGCACAGAUUCGCUGCAAAUUACUGAAAUCGCGGCAGACGCCUGAAGGCGAGUUCCUGCCAUUGGAUCAGCUAGAGUUGGACGUGGGCUUCAGCACCGGGGCGGACCAGCUCUUCCUCGUUUCACCGCUCACGAUUUGCCACGUGAUCGACACCAAGAGCCCGUUUUACGAACUGUCUCAGCGGUCCAUGCAGACCGAGCAGUUCGAAAUUGUCGUUAUCCUGGAGGGAAUUGUUGAAACCACAGGCAUGACUUGCCAAGCGCGGACUUCUUACACCGAGGACGAGGUUCUCUGGGGACAUCGUUUCUUCCCCGUCAUUUCUCUGGAGGAGGGCUUCUUCAAGGUGGACUACUCGCAGUUCCACGCCACGUUCGAGGUGCCCACCCCUCCCUACAGCGUGAAGGAGCAGGAGGAGGCCCUGCUCAUCUCCUCGCCCCUGAUGGCGCCCUCCCUGUGCAACAGUGGCGAGAAGAACAGCUCCCUGGACGGCCUGGAGACGCUGGAGGACAUGGAGACCACCACCAAGCUCCCGUCCAAGCUGCAGAAGAUCACGGGGCGGGACGGGCUGCCCCGGAAGCUUCUCCGGAUGAGCUCCACCGCCUCGGAGAUGACCUACAGCCUGGGCGACCUGCCCAUGAAGCUGCAGCGAAUCAGCUCCGUGCCGGGCGUGUCCGAGGACAAGCAGCUGGGGGCCAAGGGCAGCAAGAUCGGCGAGCCCAUCAGCCAGUCCGUGGCGGACUUACCGCCCAAGCUGCAGAAGCUGGCGGGCGGGGGGACGGGGGGCCGCAUGGAUGGACACCUACCCCCCAAACUAAGAAAAAUGAAUUCGGACCGCUUUACGUAAAAACCCCUGUCUCUGCCCUUCGAGACAUGCGCACACCUCCACUGACUAUUUGUAAUUUGAUAAGAUGGACAAAAUGCUCACAUUGAAGAACAUUAGCAUAUAUACAGACACACACACACGCACACACACACAUUUAUACAACGGCUUGGCUGAAUACUCGAUUCUGAUUGACCGGGAGGUGUGCAUUAUUUUUCCAUGGCAGGUGUGCAUUAUUUUUCCAUAAUGCCAUAGGCCUGGCUAUGAAGUAGUGCCAGCAAAAGUUUAAUCACCAUUCUGAGUGAAUCAUUGUAUUUCUUGAUAAAACAUUAAACAUGCAUCCAGCCACUGCCAACAUAAGCACAGUCAGCUUGAUGUCCAUGAUUGACUAGCUAGAGAAUAGCUACUCUAGUUUUAGCUUGACUAUGUUUAUAGUUUAGCCUGUGUUUGGAAUAUAAUUCAAUAGCUGGUUAGCUAUCUAUUUGUGAUAAACAUGCUGUCAGACCAUUCUGGCCUAAAACAAAACUGCAUUUUUAAUGUUAGGUAACCGUUCGAUGGUGAGCGUAAAUGACCUAGCUAAUAAAGCUAGCUUGCUAGCUAGGCCGAUUGAGAGGGGGACUAGAGAGACACAUUUGUUGCUGAGUAGUAUAAGGUUUGGGAUAUUUGCUGGAAUAUUUAAGUAAUGUUUCCAUUGCAGUAGAAAAGCAUGCAUUGGUUACAAGUUUGCUUUCUUGCUAAGCCAUUGUAUAAGCGGGAUAAUGACCUAGGGCUUAGGCAAUAUGUGGUUUGAAUGCCCUUUGUGGACGGAAAUGUACUACCUCUGCAUUGGGCAUUGAAACAGCGCAAUGCCCAGCCCCUCAGUCAGUAUCCCUUAUAUAGACACACAAGCACACACACACACUAUGAAAUUUAGGGUUAUGGAAUUCAGCACUGUUCUUGGGUGUAAGUACACAUGCUUUGAUAAGAGACCUCAGAAUUUUUCAGGUGGUUGCAAAAUUAGCACAAACUGGCAUGCACGUAUCACAAGCGCAUGGAAUACAAUAUGUGUACAAAUAUUUUUCUUUUUUCCCGGCAUGGCAUUUAUAGACACAACGACGAUUUUACAGACAAUAAAUAGUGAACAAAACAAUCUUGGACGCUGGAGAGCUGCAUCACACUCAAACUGGAAACGUUUUACAGGUUGUUGAGGGUUACGUCUUGUGGUGAAAGGCUCAAACGAUUCAUUUGAGUUGAUUACUUUGGUCAUUCAGUGUGGUAUUUGUGUUUUUUGAACCGUUAUUUUGAAUGCAUGUUAAUGCUUAUAGUCUUUAGACAGAGACACUGAAAUCAAAUGCUUAGUCUAUAUUACAUUUGUUUAUUUCAGUCUUAUUUCACAGCUGUAUUUUUGCUACUGUAUUUAAUAUAUAGGAGCUACUAUUUUAUUGUGAAUGAAAUAUAUGGCAUUUGUUUGGGUUGGGCAUAAAUAUAAGGCUGGAUGACACUAGGUAUUUUAAACUGCAUAAUUUGCACCUUACGAAAGCCAAUAUCAUGAAACAAGAGAGUAUCACUCACAAUUGCCUUGUGCCAUCCGUCUAGAUGAAGAAGGAUAUUCUCAGAACUGAAUAAAAGCAUUUGUAAUCUAACCACGCAAUUUUAAGAGUCCAUAUUUUCAAAUGGUCCUUUAUAGAACGGAAGCAAUAUCGAUAUAGUCACAAUAAUCUUUCUGCAUCCAUAUAAUAGGUCAGUAGUGAUCAAAGAGUUUAAUCUAAAAGUAUAUGAAGAUCAUAAAGUUUUGAUCAGUUUCAUUUGUUAUGAAUUAAUCCAUUUAAAUCACUCAAAAUUACAUUAAUCAUAGAUAAAAUCUGAUAUGCAGUUAUUCAUUAACUAAUACAUUUGAAGAGGUUUUCUUGUAUAUUUUUGAAUGAUAAAACUAUACAAUUUUUAAUUAGCUGAUUGUAAUGGACUAUAUAUAACUCUUAUGUCCUUUCUCCUCAGCAGAAGUCAGUAGGUAAUUGUUUUCGACUUCCUCUAAAAUCAAAUCAGUAUUCUGAAAUAGUCUGUUGUGGUCUGAUCAGUGAAUGUGUUGUGGAUGUAAAUGGGUUAAUCAUAUGAUACAUUCACUCAGAGAAUAAAGUGUCAGUUUCUUAAAUUAAAAGUUGUAUGGCUUUGGAACAGGAAUCACAAUCAGUAUGAAACGAUACAGUGAUCAAAGCACAGUCUAGUCAAAAUGAAUUCUAUCCUCCCGUUCGAGCAGUGAAACUGUGCUCCAAAUCUCUUGAAGGAGCCAUCGAGAUGGAUCAGUGCGUUACACAACCUGAUCCCAUUUCCUUUCUGAAAUGGAGUGUUACAGUUUGUAGUCCUAAAACCCAGAAGUAAGUUCUCGUUUUUGAGCCAUGGGAUUUUUCCCCAUAGGGAUUUUGUUUUGUGCCGAAAAUAAGGAAAUCCCUAUGGGGGAAAAAAAAGCAUUGGAAAUCUUCCGAGGGAACCGAUGGCGGAAGAAACAUCCGGGUUGGACUACAAAAAGACGUCACCGCUGUAACGCUCUAUUGAGACUCAAUGGUGAUGAGGCCCCUGGAACCAGAGCCCUCCCCAGGCAGAGCAUGGCGGCUCUCUUCACCACCAGUCUUCUGUGCCAGUGGUUCUCAGCCUCUUGACUAAAUGAAAUGGAUAAAAGCAAAAAUGUCAACCCCCCCCAUCCCUUUUCCCAUAGAAACACCAAUGGGGGAUACCAAUCUUAAUCAUAAAAUCGUAUGGCCCUUUGCAGUUUUAUCUAUUUAAAAAAAAAAAAUUAAUCCAAAUGUAUAAAUAUUUUCUUCACGCAAAACAGUUUGGGAAGCACAAACCAUUAUGUGGACUGGGCUGUGGGUUGUUUUACUUGAUGGAAAUUGUGAAGGCAGGUUUCUUUGUAUGGAGGUGGGGCAUUGUCCAUUAAGACUAACUUGUGUAUUUAAUUUUCCCACAGACACUCAUUGUAAAGUCAUUCAGAAGCAGAGCCAUAAGACUUCAAAUGAACUGAUAAAUGUACGUACUACAAAGCCCUCAGCAAGUGUCAAAUUUCCGCACCUUUCUCAUAGCAUGGGGCGUCGAAGCUCCAGGAAAUCUCUACUGAAGGCUAUUUCUUUUUUAGCCAGUCUUUUGUUUCGGUUUGUCAAAAUGUUUUUCCAAGCUGACUACACAGCAGGUCUGUGUUUCUUGAUGGCACUGUAAAACCCAUGGCGAAAAACUAAAUGCUGUAUGUACUGUAUGUUGCAAAUAGAAAUGUCUACCAAACACCUAGAUAUCCAGGCAUGACAAUAUAUCUAUUGUACAAACACACAGGUUUUAAAUGGACUUGUAUGUAUUAGUACUGUAUAAAUUAAUCCUGUAUUAAACUAUGGCAAUUUGGCUGGGUUUAGGUUUUUUCAACUCGCAUUUUGCUACUUGUAUAUUUACAGUAUGUUGUCUUUUUUCCUGAGGGUGGCCAAUUUUCAGUCUUGUGGUCAUAAUCUUUUGUUCCUGUACCAAUAUUGAAUCUGUUAUGUUGGGCAUUUUAAACGUUUUUUCACAAUUCUUUGAUGAAACUAUGGUUUAAGGUGAGUUUAAAUCGGUGAUAAUGUAUCUUAUCACUGGUUUAAACAGGUUCAAAGUGUCAUUCACCGUGUGUGUGCGCGCGCGUUUGUGUGCAGAUAUUGUGUGUGACGUUAAAUAUUUUGUUUUUAGAGUAUUUGAAUAUAUUUGAAUUUUCUAUAUUCUGUAAAUGACAUACAUACAGUAUAUAUGGUUUUCUGAAUGACUUCUGUCCCUAAGCACAUGCUAAGCCCUGUACCCUAGACAUUGCAAGCCAUAAUUUGGGUUUUUGGCAAUUAUGGGGGGUGUAUACUGUGUCAAGACACAGUUGGUUACAUCCUGCCUUGGGAUGAUGGCUAAUACUUGACUCCAGUGCCUCUGGUUAUCACUGCACAAGCAGACCUAAUUACUCACCAGGUGUCUUCAGGUCACAUCGGUGACAGAUAUGAUUCUCUUCCGACCUUGGAUGGCUCUGCUAGCAUGCUCAAUGCCAAGUAUUGUGGAAAAAAAUCACUGUCCUGCAAACUGAUCUUCAAUGUCCCCAGUGCUGUUUUGCGUGGGGAAAGAUGAUAAAACUAUAAGAGCUGUAAGAAAAUAUUCAACAAUGAAUAAUUCAAAUUUGGACUUUUUUUGUUUGUUUAAAUGAUUAUAAGUGGGGGACAUAGAAAAUUACUUCAUUUAACGCAUCCAUUAUUCAUUUCUAAACCAUUAUUUGACCUAUAUAUUCAUUAUUUGAUGUAUGUAUUAAGUUUAAAAAAAAACAAAACAUGACCACUUGUAUAAAUUCAGAAGUUUGUAUGUAUGUUUUCAAAAAUGUGUUCGGAAUUAUUUAUUCUGUACAUAAUGACAUACAUGUAUACUUCAUGUGUAUGCACAUACUGUACAGAUGACAGAAUUAGAACUGCGAGAUGCAAAUAAAACAGAAUUAUAGGA